AGUGCGUUGGACGUCCUGUGUUGUUCGGAAGUGUUUAUUUACUAGAAGACUGACACUUCUUGGAGUACACAGUUCACGAUAGCCAGUCGAGUGCCCGGUCAGGACCAAGUCUGCCCUUCUGGAACAGCGAGACGCGCGGUGAGCCGCCUCCAGCCCGGAGCUCCCGGCCGGAGGCUAGCUGUAGCCGAGCGGCUAACGGGGACAACCUUGUCCCGGAGACACCGAGCCGCGUCUGCUUGAGUGUGUGGAGCCGGUGCCGACAGUGGUUCUGGGUCCUGCCGGAUCAUCUGAGGACGGUCCACGGUUCAUGUCCACAGCGACUCUGGCGGGACAGACUGUGGAGGGGCGGCCGCAGAGAGACAUGGGACCGGAGCUGUCCGAGUGACGCUGCCACCGGGCCCGGCGGUCCUGAAGAGCCUCCCAACGAGCCCCCGCCCCCCGCUGUGACCAUGCUGGAGGGCCUGGCUGCCUGGGUCCUCAACACAUACCUGGGCAAAUAUGUGAGCAACCUGAACACAGACCAGCUCUCCAUCGCUCUCCUGAAAGGAGCGGUGGAGCUGGAGAACCUCCCUCUGAGAAAGGACGCCCUCCGAGAGUUUGACCUGCCCUUUGAAGUCAAAGCAGGUUUCAUUGGUAAGAUCACCCUGCGGAUCCCCUUCUACCGGCCCCACAGUGAGCCCUGGGUCAUCUCCAUGUCCCAGCUCAACCUGAUCAUCGGCCCCGUGCAGCUGCUGGAGUACGACGGAGACGAGGAGAGGGAGGAGGAGCGCCAGCGCAAGAAGCUCCUCCUCAGGGCUCUGGAGGACAGGUUCAGGAGCGAGUGUGAGCAGAGAGGAGAGUCUUACUGGUACUCCGUCACUGCCUCGGUGGUCACCAGGAUCGUGGAGAACAUCGAGCUGAAGAUCCAGGAUGUACACCUCAGAUUUGAAGAUGAUUUCUCCAACCCAGACAAGCCUUUCUCUUUUGGAGUUUGCAUCAACAGCGUCUUCGCUCAGAACCCUUCCAAAGAGACCGCCCAGAAGCAGCUGAGACAGAAGCAGCUGGAGAUCCAGGACUUCAGUGUGUACUGGGACACACAGUGUGAGAUACUGGGAAACCUGCCCACCAGUGAGAUCCAGGAGGCCAUGAUUCGCUGCAUGCAGAGCCGUGAGCAUCACUACAUCUUUGAGCCGGUGUGUGCGUCUGCGCUGCUCAGGAGGAACGCCUCCAAAGAGCCGCUGAGGUCCAGACAAACCCCCCGGAUCCACAGCCAGGUUCACCUGGAGCCUCUGUCCCUGCGUCUGUCCCAGGUCCAGUACCAGCAGAUCAUGGAUUUUCUCAAAGAGCUGGACCGCAGAGAGAGGGAGAUGCGCUACAGGAAGUGGAGACCCAGAGUUUCCAUCUCUGAGAACUGCCGGCUGUGGUGGAUGUUUGCUAUCCAGGCCAACCUGAGUGAGAUCCGGGAGCAGCGGAGGAGGAACAGCUGGCAGUUUGCUCUGCAGCGAGCUCGAGACGCUCAGACCUACACCGGCCUGUACUUCAGGAAGCUGAAACGAGCCCCGCUGGACCCUCAGGAAGAGGCUGAGCUGGAGCGGGUGGAGGAGGAGCAGACCGUCGAGGAGCUGCAGAUUCUUCGGGAAGUCGUCCACGACUGGUUCAGAAAGCAGGACGAGAUUGCAGAGAAUGUCCGAGAGCCCAGCGCAGACCCCCUGCCCUGCCCCCCCUCCGCCUCCAUCCCCAGGAGUGGCAGUUCAGGGAUGGUGCAGUACCUGCAGUCCUGGUUCCCCGGCUGGGGAGGCUGGUACGGAGAACAUCAGGAUCCGGACAGACCCGAGGAGCUGCUGCCGAGUCCGUCCUCCUGGGACAUCCUAGCGGAGACAGAGGACCUGUUCGACCCGCUGGAGGACUCGCACACGCUCAACACCUUCACAAAGAGGGACCACCUGUUCGCCCGGCUGGAGUUCUCCCUGGAGAAAGGCCGGGUGACCCUGUUCCAGCAGGACCGGCGGGACGACGCGCUGCUGGAGAGCGGAGUCAUCCAGCUGGAGUUCUCAGGUGUGCAGGUGAUGCUGGAGUCUCUCCCGCGAUCCGAGUCCUCGCUGCUCUCCGUGAAGUUGGGAGGUUUGUUCCUCAGAGAUUUGACCACUCAGGGAUCCAUCUUCCCGGUCCUGGUGAAUCCCAAAACCGACAAAGUUGUUGUGGCUGUGAACCAGUCGACCAGCCCGUCCAGCAGCGCUCUCGGCGGCGCUGCAGACUGUUCACCCUCCCCGGUGUUUGAGAUGAUCUAUGAGCGUAACCCGGUGAGGUGCAAGUUUGAGAGGAGACUGGACGUGAAGACCAGUCCGCUGAACAUCAUCUACAACCCGCAAGCAAUAAAGAAAGUCACUGAGUUCUUCUACAAAGGCCGGGUUCACUCCUCGGGGUUCGGCUACCAGUCGGAGCUGGAGCUGAGGGUGGCAGAAGCUGCCCGGAGGCAGUACAACAAGCUGAAGAUGCAGACCAAGGCUGAGAUCCGACAGACCAUCGACCAGCUGCUUGUGGGAGAGUUCAUCGAGAACAGUAAGCGCUGGACCAUGAAGCUGGACAUCUGUGCACCUCAGGUGAUCUUCCCCGAUGACUUCCAGUCUGAAGACCCCAUGCUGGUCGUAGUAGAUUUAGGAAGAAUUCUCCUGACAAACUCUCAAGAUGACUCAAAGUCCAGCUCCAGAGCUCCUCAGCCUGCAGAGGAGGACAUGAGUGAUGAAGAGUACCAGACUCCUCUGGCCACGCCUCCGGAGUCUCCGCCUCCUGAGCUGGACUUGCCCUCCAAAGCUCAGCUGAAGAGUCCCGAGCUGCCCGGCCCCCGGUCCCCUCAGGGGCCUCCGUCCUACACCCGGAGUCUCUACGAGAAGUACUCCUUAACCUUCAAGGACCUGCAGAUCAUGGUGGGCCGCUACCGGGACAACUGGAAGCACCUUCAGGAGAGCGAGGUGGGCCCGACCCACGUGGUGGAGAAGUUCAACGUGCUGCUGCAGCUGGAGCAGAGGCUGCGCUACACCUCGGACCCCCAGCUGCCCGGAGCCGUGCUGUCCGGGACCCUGCCCGACCUCAAGGUCCACAUCAACCUGGACAAGAUGACGGCGCUCCGGAGCUGCCUGGCCCGGCUCAGCAGCGACGCCGACAAGAACCAGGACCGAGGGCCCAACAUCAGGUCCCCGGACCCUCUCGCGCUCCGACAUGAUAAGAUCUUCCAGAGGGAGGACAGCUCCUGGAAGCUGCAGGGUUCCAGCAGGACCAUGACCCAGAGCGUGAUGACGCUGGAGCAGCACACCCGGGAGGUCCUGGUGGAGUCCCGGCUGCUCCUGGCCCAGUUCAACAUCAACUACAUGCAGCUGGGAGUGGAGAGCGACGGCCGCUACAUAUCUGUCCUCAAGGUCUUCGGCACUAACGCCCACUUUGUCAAGCGGCCCUACGACGCCGAGGUCUCGCUCACGGUGCACGGCCUCCUGCUGGUGGACACCCUGCAGACCUACGGCUCGGACUUCGACCUGCUGGUGGCUUCUCACAAGCAUCUCAGCUUCGACGUGCCCACCGGCAGCCUGCGGGAGAGCCAGCCGUCUUCUCCCGUGCUGUCUGACGGCAGGUCUCCAGAGCACCAUGGCGGUCAGGUCCACGCGUCCUCUGGUGUGUCCCCAGACGGGAUGUCCCCUCUCAGCUCCUUCAUCAAAGACCAAGAUGCGCUGAUUAGGCUGGAGUACCAGUUUGUGAGCUCAGACUGCCCCUCGAUGAACCUGGACAGCUCCUUCCAGGUCACCAGCAUGCAGGUCAAUAACCUGGACAUCAUUCUCAACCCUGAGACCAUGGUGGAGCUCCUCAAGUUCCUCCAGAAGUCUUUUCCUAAAGACGAAGCCACCUGGACGGCGCCGGUGCAGCAGAAUGCCGCUCAGGCUGCGAGCGGGGACGAGGCGGGGACGUACCAGGUCACCUACGACCAGAACAAGGAGCUGACGGUGGAGAUCCACCGCCUCAACGUGCUGCUGCUGCGGACCGUGUCCACCGGCGCCGUCCUGGGCGCCGAGAAGAAGGGCCUGAAGAUCGCCACGGCCAGCAUCAACGGCACCAAGGUCAACGUGUCCAUGGGCAGUCGGCUGGACGUCACCGGCUCGCUGGGGUCCAUGCAGCUGGUGGACCUGACUCAGGAGGGAGGGAGGAGCCAGUCUGUGGUCAGCAUCGGGACCGUCCAGGACAGCUGCUCCAGCUUCGGCGGGAUCGCCUUCCUUUCCAACGCAGCGGAUUCUUUGUGUGAAGCUUUGAAUUUCCGCCUGGAGGAGAAGUCUCGGGGGGAAUGCUGUCUGCAGCUUCAGAUGGCCUCGCUGCAUUACAACCACUCCGCCAAGUUCCUGAAGGAGCUCAGCCUGUCGGCCAAUGAGGUGGAAGACAACUUCCGCUCCAUGUUGAAAAGUGCCGCCACCAAAGUCUCCACAGUUCUCGCCAGCAAGACGGCAGAGUACAGCGGCAUGGUGUCACUGUUUGAGACCCCUUCCAGAAGAACCCGGACUCUGAGCCAGAGCCUGGCUUUUCCGUUUGACGAAGAGGAGGAUGUUUCCAUGGAAGAGCCCGAGUCUGCCUUGGACACCUUCUUAGUGAAGCUGACCCUCAACAUCAGCAUCGAAUCGCCCGUCGUAUCCAUUCCUCGAAAGCCCGGGAGCCCCGAGCUGCUCAUCGGACAUCUGGGAAGCAUAACCAUCCAGAACUUUGUGACAGGGCAGGACUCGGAAGGAGAGAGACUGCAAGUGUUGGUGCAGGACAUUCGACUGUACUCGCUCAACACCAGUCAUCUGGGUUCCAAAAGGACCCAGAGGGGAGAGAACUCUGGGAAGACAGCCCCUCUGAGCAGUGAAAACAUCGGCUGUGAUGAGCCUCAGUUUACCCGUCAUGACUUCUUUGAGUCCUUAAGUCGUGGACAAGCCUUCCACAUCCUGAAAGACACGACCAUCCAGUUCAGCCUGGAGAAGGUUCCUGUGGAGAACACCACGUCUAACCUCCUGACUGCAGAGAGCUGCCACAGCUCGGGGCUGCUGAGAGUCCAGGGCAGGUUCGUCAACCCUGUUCAGGUGUUCCUGUGUAAACCAGUGUACGAACAAGUCCUGCAGACCGUGGAGGGCCUGUCGGCGACGGAGGAGCAUCGCGCGACGCCCAGCCAGCCGCCCACGCCUCCUCCACCCACCCCCUCCUCCACCAGGCCGCACCGCUUCCCCGACCCCCAGGGGGGGCUCUUUGCUCGCCACCCUCCUCAUAUCAGCUUCUCCCACUCGUCGCUGUCGUCUCCUCUGCCUCUCCAGGCUCACGGUGCUUCGCCCCCCUCCUUCACUCAGGUGGAGGUCACCUUGAACGUGACGGAGCUGCGGGUGCAGCUGAGCGCCGACCUGACCCAGGGCUCGCAGGGCCUGGUCAGCCUGAGCUUCCAGGACCUGGAGGGACACUUCUCCAAAGACCACCCGCACUUACUGGCCGUCCAGCUGACGCUGCGCUCGCUGCUGAUGGAGGACCUGCUGGAGCAGAAUCCAGAGUCCAAGUACAAACAUCUGAUGGUGUCUCGAGGAGCUCCCAAACCCUCCACCUUCACUCCAAAGGAGUACCUGUCCCAAAGCUGCCCUUCAGCGUCCAACGCUCAGUUCCCUGACAUGCCCCGCUCGCUGCCCGCCCACAUGGAGGAGGCCCAGAAUGUUUUCCAGCUCUACCGGAGGCAUCCCAGCACCCCUUCAUCCAGCGCCCGCAAGUCCAAGAGAGACCCCAACUGCCCCAGCACCCCUCCCCCUUCCCCCACCCCCCACUCGCCCCGUCCCGAGCCGUCCCCGGACUUUGACGAUUCGCUGGUUCACAUCAGCUUGCUGUUGGUGGACUCCAACCACCCGGAGUUCAGAACACGCUACGGCGGUGUGGGGAGGAGCAUGGACAUCGACUUCAACUGUCUGGACGUCCUCAUCACGCUGCAGACCUGGGUGGUCAUUCUGGACUUCUUCGGCGUCGGUUCCACAGCCAAUAAUCAUGCAGUGAAGGCGUGUGUGUCUCCCCAGCCGGCGCCGGGAUAUCCUCAGCUCGAGCCAGACUUCACUGAGGACGAGGCCACCGAGCCCGUCAACACCAAACUGGACCUGAAGGUUCAUUCUCUGUCUCUCGUACUGAACAAGAAGCUGAACGAGUUGGCCAAGGCGAGCGUGUCCAAGCUGUCCGCUCAUGUGGAAAUGCUGGAUGGCAACCUGUCAUUACAAGGGAGUUUAGGAAGUUUGUCUCUGAGUGACCUGACCCCACACGGUGACCUCUACAGAGAGCGCUUCACCACACAGGGAGGCGACGCACUCAUUUUCAACAUCUUCAAGUAUGGGCUGCCCGAUCCGGCCCUGGCCCGGGACUGGGACGUCAAGGUGUGUCUGCAGAUGGCCUCGGUGCAGUACGUCCACACCCAGCGCUUCCAGGCCGAGGUGGUGGCCUUCAUCCAGCACUUCACCCAGCUGCAGGACGUCCUGGGCCGCCAGAGAGCUGCCAUGGAGGGCCAGACGGUUCGUGAUCAUCCUCAGCGAGCCUCCAGGGUUCUCCUGGACAUCGAGGCUGGCGCUCCGGUUCUCAUCGUCCCGGAGAGCUCGCGCUCCCCCAGGGUCAUCGUUGCUAAUCUUGGACAGCUGAGGGUUCAGAACCGCUUCCUGCUGGCAGGUUCUCCCGGGACCGUUUCCCUCCAAGACAAGACGCAGGUGUUGAGUGCAGCAGAGAAGCUGAGUGAGCAGGAGAAGACCAAGCCCUCCAGGGAGUUCACCCUCAGCAGGCCACAGGCGCCCCCCUCUGGACCGUCCGAGGACCACGCUCCACUCGACUGGGAAAAGCAUGUGUGCCUGUUGGACUGCAUGGCCCUGGACCUGCAGGAGAUGGACAUCUUUGCUGCUGAGCGUGUGUCCUGUCAGCUGUGGGACAGCAGUGGGAAACCCUCCGACUCCUCAGACCUCGUCUUCCCUUCAUACACUGUCCGUCGCACCGGAGAAAACCUGCUGAAAGACUGCUGUCGUCUCAAACUCAAAGUGGAGCGCAAUCUGGACAAGGAGCUGAGCCAUGCGGUGCCCGACAUGUCGAUCCACGGCAGCCUGUCGUCGGUCCACUGCUCUCUGGACAUGGAGCACUACUGGCUCAUCAGAGGGCUGCUGGAGCACAACCUGGGGGAGCCGGUGGAGGAGUUCCUCCGUCCCUACAACCUGCAGGACCCCAGUACCUACACGGUGCUCAGUGGGGACGUCUACGCUAACUUGUCCUUCCUGGUUGACAUGAUGGAUGUCAGUCUGGAGCUCCUGGACAGUCCCAAGCCUGCUGACAAGAAGCGCUCCUUAGCAAGGUUUGACUUCAUGAAGUCCAAGCUGCUUUUUGAGGGCUUCUCAAACGGCUCCAAGUCUGUCAACCUGGUGUCUCACUCGCUGCUGGCCUACGACACUCGAUACCGCGGGCAGGAUAACGGUGGUGUCGACACUGAAGGCGCAGGCUGCAAUAUGUUUGACUGCAUUCUUCAGCCUUCCAAAACGGGCUCAAACCGGUCGUCCCUGCAGCUGGAGCUGCACUACAGGUCCACUCGGGACUCCUCCUGCUUCACCGUGGUCCUCAACAACCUGCGGGUCUUCCUCAUCUUCGACUGGCUCAAGCUGGUUCAGGACUUCCUGCGCGUGCCGGCCGACAAGGCGGCGGGCGGCUCCGCCCCUCGCCAGCGCUGCUCCAGCAACGCCUCCACACACUCGGGAAGCAGCGUCGGCGGCGGCAGCCCCGCCCCCGCCAUGACCGUCAUGCCCAAGACGGUAAAGAGUGGAGUCGUCACCAAGAGAUCCACCAUCACCGUCAGCCAGGACCGCUGUCUGGAGGUCAAGAUCAACGUGACAGGCACGGAGUUUGUCGUGGUGGAGGACUUGUCAUGUCUGGACACCAACGCCAUCAUUCUGAAAGGCACCACGGUCCUGACGUACAAGCCCCGCCUGCUGGACCGCCCCUUCUCUGGCAGCCUGGCCGGAGUCGAGGUGUUCUCGUGUCGGCUGGGCAGCGAGCAGGAAACGGCGCUGUCCAUCAUCGACCCCGUCAACAUCCAGGUGGAGCUUUGCGGGAGCCCCACAUAUCAGAGCAGCUCCGGUCUGCUGGACGCCUUCAAUGUGGAGGACAUCCCACCACUGCUGGAGAUUCAGUUUCCCGCUCUGGACAUCCGCCUCUCCUACAAUGACAUCCAGCUGUUCUUGGCCAUCGCCAAGUCCAUCCCCGCAGCCGGCGCUCCGCCUCCCGUACACCCUGACGUGAGCUCUGCGCCCCCCUGUGAGACCGCCGCCGUGGCCAGGAGCAGCUCCAGGCAGAAGGCCGAGGCGUUCGGCGAAAACCAGCUGACAUGCUUGCAAGACCUUGGUUUCACAAAAGAGGACUGCAAACGAGCAUUGAUCCACUGCAAAGGCCAGCUGGACCAGGCAGCCACCUGGCUGCUGGAGAAUGCCGACAGCAUGGCGGGCUGCUCCAGAUCCAGGGCCGACUCGGGCUCCGGCAGCCACUCCGCUCCGCUGUCAGGGGUGGAGCUGAAGGCUGAGAGUGUGUGCAUCUGUUUCAUCGACGACUGCCUGGACUGUGACAUUCCACUGGCCGAGUUCACCUUCUCCAGACUUUACAUGCUGCAGCGCAUCGGAUCCACCCAGGAAGGAAACGCCAGCUUCACCCUGUGUGGGGAUUACUACAACAGAGAGCUGUCAGGCUGGGAGCCCUUCGUCGAGCCCUGGCCUUGCUUCCUGUCCUGGCAGCAGCAGGCGGCCGGUCGUCUUCACCCUCCUCGUCUUAAGAUGGGAAUUCGAGCCAAACAGAGGCUGGACGUGAACAUCACUUCGGUUCUUCUGGAACAAUACAACACCACCAAAAGCUCGUGGAUAGCAGACUACUGUAAGGAGGAGCAGCACACCCCUCAGAGCUCCCCCCCCCUGCCAUGGAUCGGCUCUUCAGUGGACCCCCCCAGCUGUGGACAGAAUGCCAAACUGUCCAAGAGGAGGCAGCCGUUUGUGCCUUACGCUCUGCGCAACCACACAGGAUGCACCAUGUGGUUCGCCACCAUGACCACCACCCCGACCAGGGUGGCGCUGUCCCACAGCAGCAGUGCAGACUCCAUCUCAGACAUUCACGGUCCAGGAACCGAUGACACCCACAACGUGAGCCAGUGGAGAGAGGUGCUUCCCGGGGAGGAGGUUCCGUUCGAGUUUGAGGCCCGUGAAAAACUCCGUCACCGACACACUCAUGAGCUGAAGCUGCACCAGCUGCUGGUUCAGGUGUGUGGAUGGGAGCAAAUCAAACCCGUGUCAGUGGAUAAAGUGGGGGUUUUCUUCCGCUAUGCAGCUCCAGAUAGGAGCAACUCCUCCAACACUGUUGGCAGCCCUAUCAGCAGGACCAACAUCAUCCACCCUCAUGUUUAUUUCUCAGCCCUUCCCCCUGUGCGGGUGGUCUUCUCCAUCACGAUGGAGGGCAGCGCCAGGAAGGUGAUCACGGUGCGCUCAGCCCUCAUGGUGAAGAACCGGCUGGAUGUUCCUAUGGAGGUCCGACUGGACAGCCCCUCAGCGCCCGACAAGCCGGUGGUGUUGCCCCCCAUCCUUCCUGGCCAGGCUUUGGCGGUCCCCCUCCACCUGACAUCCUGGCGACUGCAGGCUCGUCCCAAAGGUCUGGGUUUGUUCUUCUGUAAAGUUCCCAUCCACUGGACCAGUGUGGAGCGGCCCGGAGAGAUCGCCAGCAGUAAGAGGGAGUGUCAGUCUGCGGACUUUGACGACAGCCACAAGCGUAACUUCAGGUUUUGUGUGGUGACCAGAAAGGAGAACUACCCAGACCAGCAGCCAGCCAAGAAGCAGGUCCCUGGAGCCACGAAGCAGAUUUAUCGGCAGCCAGGACACACGAUCUACUUGCUGCCCACCAUGGUGCUGGCCAACCUGCUGCCCUGUGACCUGAGCUUCUACAUCAAGGGAACAGCCAUCAGAGGGACCCUGAAGCCAGGAAAGGAGGCUGUGCUCCACGCCGCUGACACGUCUCAGAACAUGGAGCUCGGAGUUCUGUUGGAGAACUUCCCUGUAUGCAAAGAGCUGCUGAUUCCUCCUGGGACUCAGAACUAUGUGGUGCGCAUGAGGCUGUAUGACACCAACAAACGCCUGCUGUGUCUCACCAUCCGAAUCGUCCUGCGGGCUCCGGGCGCUCUGAAGAUCCUCAUCUCCGCCCCCUACUGGCUCAUCAAUAAGACCGGCUUGCCGUUGAUUUUCCGUCAGGAUAACGGGAAGGCCGACGCCGCGGGCCAGUUCGAAGAGCACGAGCUGGCUCGCAGUCUGAGCCCAUUGCUGUUCUGCUACACUGACAAAGAGCAGCCCGCCAUGUGCACCAUGCGAAUCGGAAAGGGGAUCCAUCCGGACGGCGUUCCCGGCUGGUGCCAGGGCUUUUCUCUGGAUGGAGGCAGCGGCGUCAGAGCCGUCAAAGUCAUACAGCAUGGGAACAGACCCGGACUCAUCUAUAACAUCGGUAUCAAUGUUCGUAAAGGAAAAUCACGCUACAGGGACACCCACAUCGUGACCUUUGCCCCCCGCUACCUGCUGGACAACCGCUCCUCACACAAACUGGCCUUUGCUCAGAGAGAGUUCGCCAGAGGAAAGGGUACUGCCAACCCCGAGGGGUACAUCUCCACCCUGCCCGGCUCCAGCGUGGUCUUCCACUGGCCCAGAAAUGACUACGAUCAGCUGCUGUGUGUGCGCCUCAUGGACACACUGAACUGCACCUGGUCCGGAGGCUUCGAGGUCAACAAGCCAAAGUCUUUUCACGUCAACAUGAGGGACACGUUGGGAAACUGUUUCUUCCUGCGGACAGAGAUCACCCUGAAAGGAGCCACGUACCAGAUCUCCUUCAGCGACACCGAUCAGCUGCCUCCACCUUUCCGCAUUGACAACAUCUCUGAGGUUCCCAUCCAGUUCUGGCAGCACGGCGUGGCCGACAUCCGGCUGCACACGGAGGUGAAGGCCAGCUCGCUGCUGGAUUACGCCUGUGACGAGCCCACGUUGCCGCCGUACCUCACGCUCACCGUGAAGGGAGCAGGGUCGUCCGAGGUCACGGCUGACAUGAACUUCUUCAGGGAAUACAACAAACUCUACUACGAGAACUUCAUCUACAUUGCAGCCACAUACACCUUCUCCCAGGACGCUGAGAGCCGGCCUGUGGGGAAGGAGCGCCAGGUGAACUGUGCGGAGCUGGUUCUGGAUGUGGAUACCAAGACUCAGAGGGUCAUCCUGAAGAAGAAGGAGCCCUGGAAGCGCUCUCAGCUGUGGAGGAUGACCGGCGCCGGCAUGCUCUGUCACGAAGGCUCGUCUCCGCCGCAGAGCAAGCUGGCCCAGCCUCGGCCUCUGGACUCGUCGCUGGUGCUGGACAUCGCGGGGCUGGCGGCGGUCAGCGACAACAGUUUUGAGCCGUUGAUGCUGAGGAGACCGGACCGGCGCCGCAGCACCACGCAGACCUGGUACUUCAGCUCCGGCAUGCUGACCUGUGGACUCCCACGACUGGUGGUGCAGGUGAAGGGCGGCACGGCCGGUCUGCGCGACGGCGCAGAGGUGGUGCUCGGACCAGACUCGUGCCUGCUGGAGCCGGGACCCGAGCAGCAGUUCAUCAACCAGAAGAUGAGGCCCGGUUCUGGGGUGCUGUCCAUCCAGGUGCUGCCGGACGGACCCACGCGAGUCCUGCAGAUCAGUGACUUCAAUCAGAGGAGGAUGGUCCGGACGUCCCCCAGCACCGAGCAGGACAGGAACAAGGAGGACGGGAAGAAGGAGCCGGACCUGGACCUGGAGCAGGAGCUGGAGGUGGUGGUGAACCUAGAAGAAGGUCUGGGUGUGUCUCUGGUCAACAAGGUUCCUGAGGAGCUGGUCUUCAUCACACUGUCCGGUAUCGAGGUUCAUUUCACCCGAACAGCCACCAAUGAGGUUCUGGAGCUGAACAUCCUGAACAUCCAGGUGGAUAACCAGCUGCUGGGAAGCACCCAGCCCAUCAUGCUGUGUGUGACUCCCAGCUGCAGUGACAGCACAGUGAGCGACUGUGGUCCAGCCCUGCAGGUGAACUCGGUCAAAGUGCCCAGCAGUCUCAUGCUCACUGACCUGUUCAAGCACCUCAUGGUGACGGCUCGACGCUUCACUGUCAGCAUUGAGGAGAAGCUGCUGCUGAAGCUGCUCAGCUUCUUCGGAUACGGACAUACAGAAGCUGAGCUGGAGAAGCUGGAUGAAAACCUCCACGAGAAGGCCGGCGAGGACACGGGACCGCCCAAACGUUACUACUUUGAGAAUCUGAAGAUCAGCCUGCCUCAGGUCAAACUGAGCGUCUUCACCUCCCACAAGCUGCCCCCGGACCUCAAGGCUCUGAAAGGAACUCUGGGCUUCCCGCUGGUUCGUUUUGAAGACGCAGUCAUCAACAUGUACCCAUUCACCAGAGUUCACCCGUACGAGACGCAGGAAAUCAUCCUCAACGAUGUCUUGAAGCACUUCAGAGAGGAGCUCAUCAGCCAGGCGGCUCAGAUCCUGGGUUCCGUGGACUUCCUCGGGAACCCCAUGGGUCUCCUCAACGACGUGACCGAGGGCGUGUCCGAGCUCAUCAAGUACGGCAACGUGGGAGGUCUGAUCCGUAACGUGACCCACGGCGUGUCCAACUCCGCAGCCAAGUUUGCAGGCACUUUAUCGGACGGGCUGGGGAAGACCAUGGACAACCGGCACCAGAGUGAGCGGGAGUACAUCCGGUACCAUGGAGCCACCAGCGGAGAGCACCUGGUGGCGGGCAUCCACGGCCUGGCUCACGGGAUCAUCGGCGGCAUGACCAGCAUCAUCACGUCCACGGUGGAGGGGGUGAAGACGGAGGGGGGGGGUCAG